AUGCUUCAGAAAGAUACCUACACAGGGCCUAAUGGUGGCAACGCCAAGAGCCCCCGCUUCUACCAGCUCUAUAUGCCUCACGAUGACGAAGUCACACUUUCUCUUCUCAACCGCGCUUGGAAGUCCGGAUUCGACGUUCUCAUGCUCACCACCGACACCUGGCAGCUGGGCUGGCGUCCCACAGAUAUCAACAUCGCCAACUACACGCACGUCCAUGCCUUCUCUUCUGACGUGCUUACGUUCUACUAUCCUGGCACGCCGGGCAACGAACUUGGCGAGUCCGACCCAGCUUACAUGGCCAAGCACCACGACGACCUCGCGCAGGACAAAGGCCACUGGAUCGACUCAAGCGUCUGGCACGGCAAGCCGCACACGUGGGAGAAGGUCCGCUGGCUUAUUGGCGAAUGGAAGAAGAUCUCGGACGGCCGCCCGUUCGUGCUGAAAGGCAUUCAGAGCGUUGCGGACGCAAACCGUGCUCUCGAGAUAGGCUGCGAUGGCAUCGUGGUCACGAAUCACGCUGGCCGCCAGGUUGACGGCGCGGUUGGGAGCUUGGACGUUCUCCCGGAGAUCGCGGAGGCUGUCGGGGAUAGUGUGUGUUGUCUUACUCUCGCCAUUUUAUCAGAACACACUCAGUUGCUUUUGUUUCGACGUCGACGUCAAGUUACCAUUGUACUGAUGCACAGCAUUACUUUCGUUCUUCACCGACGCGGCUUCAUCAUUGACGCGGGCGACCUCCUCAAUGGGCUGCGAUGA